UUAAUGCCCAUUUCCCUCGGAUGCUGACGUUGGCAAACCUUUCUAUCUCUCCACUUUCUCCGUAGAUUCCCCUAGAAAGCCGAAUAUCUUUCUCUUACACGGAUGACUGUGAAAGAGAGCGAGAAACCAAGAGAGACGGCAGCCGAAACUCUCCGCGGCUUAAAACGACACUAACUACGAUCUGCCCAAAGCUUUAAAAGACAACUCUUAUGUUCUCUCGGUCCCAAGUUUUCGAUUCACUCCCUGCUUUUAAAACCCACACCUUCCCUUCCUUCCUCCACUUGUCCCCGGGAAAAGUUCUUGCUUCGAUCGCCUCCGUACAUUUCCAGGCGCUUAUCUCAUCGCCUUCUAAAGUUCUUUAUUUUUCUUUGGAAUAAACUUUUAUAAAUUAAAUUGUUUUGGCUUACUGCUGAAUGGCUGGAGCUUUGCCGACGACAAAAGGGGUGAAGGACCACAAAAUAUGGAAAGGAAUUUUCGCUGUCAGUGGAAUCAUGGUUACUCUUGUUAUCUAUGGAGUUUUACAGGAAAAGAUAAUGAGAGUACCGUAUGGCCUGAACAAGGAAUAUUUUAAGUACUCAUUAUUUCUCGUUUUCUGCAACCGCAUAACAACAUCUGCUGUCUCCGCUGUUUUUUUACUGGCAAGUAAGAAAGCCUUGGUUCCUGUUGCUCCCAUCUAUAAGUACUGCCUCAUAUCAGUAUCAAACAUCCUUACCACAACAUGUCAGUAUGAGGCCCUAAAGUAUGUCAGUUUUCCGGUUCAGACCCUUGCUAAGUGUGCGAAAAUGAUACCUGUAAUGAUUUGGGGCACUUUCAUUAUGCAGAAGACAUAUAAGGGAUUUGACUAUUUGGUAGCGUUUCUGGUGACCCUAGGUUGUUCAAUAUUUAUACUAUUUCCGGCAGGAACUGACGUUAGUCCUUACAGCAAAGGAAGAGAAAGUACAGUUUGGGGCGUUUCUCUGAUGGUUGGUUAUCUUGGGUUUGAUGGUUUUACAAGCACAUUCCAAGAUAAAUUAUUUAAAGGAUACGAUAUGGAAAUACACAAUCAAAUAUUCUACACGACAUCAUGUUCUUGUAUUCUCAGCUUGACAGGCCUUCUAUUACAGGGACAUUUACUUUCAGCAAUAGAUUUUGUUUAUCGCCACAGUGAUUGUUUUCUUGAUAUUGUAUUACUUUCUACUGUAGCCACAGUCAGUCAAUUCUUCAUUUCUUACACGAUACGUACAUUUGGUGCCCUUACAUUUGCUGCCGUAAUGACCACGAGACAGCUGGUGAGCAUCAUGCUGUCAUGUGUGUGGUUCGGCCAUCCACUUAGUUGGGAACAGUGGAUUGGGGCGGUAAUUGUGUUUGGCUCCUUGUAUUCGAAAAACUUCCUGAAAAAAGCAUCAACAAAUCCCCCUCCUCUGCAACUAACGCAGGACGGAGCUCCUAGUCCCGUGAAGGGGAUCCCUUAAUAUCUUCCGGUCAAAUUUCACACCAGUUGCUGCAUCUAAUUCUAUACAGGUAAGAAUUUGCCUAAGUUAAAGCUGCAUUCUGAAGCUUCCCUCCAAGACUGGGGUUUGAACAAUAUUAUGAAAUCCAAGCUGCAGAUACAUUAUUCUGCAGGGAUAUGAGGUUAUGAAAACUACACACUUCAAGUGAAGCACAAGAAUGGUGUUUGUUUAGCAAAAGGAAUUAGAUGUAUAUGCAACUACUCAGGCAUAUGAUUGUAUGUCUUUUAUUAACAUAUGAAAGAGGAAAAGAGGGAGUUGAACACAAAAAAAGAGAAAGAGGCAAACAAAGCUUAUAUUCAGUUGAAAAGUUAAAGAGUAUGUGAUAAACAAUUUUUUUGGUUCUUACAAUUCCACAUAAUUCAAGGAAGAAAUUUCAGUAAAUUAAAAUUUGAAGUUUAAA